AUUCUAAAGCAUUUCUCACAUUCUGACUGCAAAAGCCGGUGAGGAUAUAAGGAAGCAGAGAGCUCGGUAAAUUAUAAGAGACAGAAACAAGUGAAACAGGAACCGAUAUCUGGAUAAAUCUAGCACCAACCAGAGAAUGAAAAUGCAGGUACAAGAGGUGAUCAUGGAAGGAGAGCUGGAGAAACGAAGUGAUAAUCUCCUUCAGUUCUGGAGAAAGAAAGUUUGUGUCCUAACAAAGGAUAGCUUGAAUAUGUUUGCAGAUGGUCAGAAGAAAUCCAAAUGCAAAGAGUUAAAGUUCCAGUCUAUCAAGAAGUUGGACUGUGUGGAGAGGACUGGAAAGUACAUCUACUUCACUAUAGUCACCAACGACAACAAGGAGAUUGAUUUUCGGUGUCCUGAUGAUAGUUGUUGGAAUGCAACCAUCACUAUGGCUCUGAUUGACUUCCAGAACAAAAAGGCAAUCCAGAAUUUUAAGUCCAUGAGGGAGAAUGAUAGGUGCAGCCCUGAGAUGAGGGUGGCACCGUGUGUGUGACAAAGAAGUCAGCCACAUGUACAGCAACAUGAGACAAUCAAAGAUACCAUUUGCAAUGGACCAAAUGAGAAAUGAGACAAAAUGCCAACAGCGCCAAGUGAAACAGGAAGUCACUUCCUAACAGGGACAAUACAGGUUGACAAAAUGCUAUCUGAGCUAAGCUGUUUGGAAUGUUCGGUUUCCACCCAGAUAUUUAGAAGUACUGAAGAAAGAUUGAUUGAAUAAGAUGGAAGAUCUUUACUAUUUGCAGAGUGUUAUUUAUAUAAUAUUUAUCAUCGGAGACGCAUUAGGCUGCACAAAGCGGAUGUAACCGUAUAAUUUAUUAUUACGCUGAACUUUUGUCUAUGUAUUUAUUUUGAUGGCUGUCUGUCUUAAUAUAUAUAUAUUUUUAUUCAAUUUCAAGAAUAUUAAUUCUAAAUAAAUGUGAUGCAAAAUGUUAAGUUAUUUUAUUAAAAUUGUGUUUUUUAUACAAAA